UAUGAAAAUAAAGACCCCGUCCUCGCGGGCAGUCCACGACUGACAUUUCGUGUCAUCGUCGUUAAACUGAGGGGACCUUAAGUACGUUCUUCCUGUGUGAAGUAAACAUUUCAGAGUUUAAACUGUUGUAGAGGGAGGUGUAUGAAAAACACCACCCCAUAUUGAAAAGUUUAUUAAGCAGACCGUGACUCUUAUAACUACCACAACCAGUUUAGUGUGGUCUCCACAGACCGGCAGCAGAGGUUGUUGUUGUUGACAACUGUGUAUCGAAGACACCAAGUGGUCACGUGAUAAGGAAAAACAAACGCGCGGCACUUUGUAAAGAGUUUUAACGUGAGGAUAAAUUAAGGUAAUUUUAUCAUGUAAGCUACAACAGCCUUCAAAGUGUAAAAUGCGGAUGCUUUGAUGCUUGUAUUUGAGAAGUGAUGCGAUUCGGUGCUCUGUAUAAUAGCGGCUUGAAAAAUGCAAAGUAUCGGCGGAAACUCGGAUCCAGUAAGACCCCGUUUAAACUAUGUCAGAUCUCGUGGUGAAGCAAAACAAGUGCGCAAAGUUCACAUCAGAAAGGUCGCUUACAGAGUUGGAUACACCUGGAACAAAGGUGGAAGACUCAAGGAGCUGAGAAUAAGGCACCUUGCAAGAAAGUUUCUGAAGAUAUGGAUACAGAACACCUUUGGCCGAGUUCUUCCUCAUGAAGCAAAGUCGCACUAUAACAGAGUGGUACUGAGAAGAACCUUUGAAGGAUGGAGAGAUGAGUGGUGGUCAUCCAGGAGGGAGUGGAGUCUGAACAUGCGAGCAGACUGUCACUACAGGUAUUACCUGUGCAACUGGACUCUCCGCAGCUGGCGAAUGUUUGUGUGUUUGCAGAGGGAAAAGAAGAUGCAACAGCAAAAGGCUCAGUCAUUUGCUGACAACCAGCGGAUGCGUCUGCUGUUGGACAGAUGGGAGGUUUUCACAGAGAUGAGAAGACUGAAGAGCAGAAGGCUGGAAUCAGCUCUUGAGCAGUACAGGCUCUCAGCUAUGCACUCAGUGUGGAGCUUGUGGCAGACUAGAUUACAGCACCGUCGAGACCUUCACGUUUUGGAGGUUCAAGCACAGAAACAGAGGGCGCUAACCUUAAAGAAAAGGGCUUGGCUUCAGUGGAAAGAGAUGCAUACGGCUGCUUCUUGCCAGAAAGAGAAAGAAUCCAGAGCUGCGUUUCAUUUUAUCUCCAGAUUGAAAAGAAGAGCUUUGCAUCAGUGGAUGAGAUAUGUGUCCUAUCGCCACACCAAGACAGAAACACAAGCUUUGGCUCAGCGUGCCUGCUCUCGCCUCCUGGUGAGGAGGUGUUGGAGUAAAUGGAGAAAUGCUCUCGAUCGCAAACACAGUGAAGAGACCCGUUUGCAAGCAGCAGCCCGUUUGGCCACGCGGAGCAUUCAAUGCACAGCACUGGUGCAUUGGAGAGCUUAUGUGGCAUUGUGCAGAGAAGAAACUGAAAGAAAGCAUGCAGCAAAUCAACACUACCAACAUCAUUUAAUGCGUGCUGGAUUGCGAGGGUUGUCUCUUAAUGUCGUGUUGAACAAAACAUAUCGACUGAACAACCAUAUGGCUAUCCAACAUUGUCAGCAAACGAUGACUCAUAAGUACUGGAAACUAUGGCAGGAUCGUGUGGAGGAAGCUGAAAACCGGAGUUUUAAACCCUUCAUAGAUAUGGCCCUGAGUAACUACAGCACUUCACUGCUUAGAAGACAUUUUCACCACUGGAGAGAGAAACUUGCUGAGCAGAGACACAUGCAGGAACUGGAGCGUCGUGCAGACAUUUGGUUUGUAGACCAUAUGCUACCUCGGUGCUUCCAGUCUUGGGUUGAGUUUACCCUCCACAGCAGAAUGCGUCAACAGAGAAGACUCAAAGCUGAAGCUUAUAAUCGGCGGCGCCAGUGCACCUGGGUGUUUUACACCUGGUGGGGGAAGUCGGAGAAGCUCAAGGAAGAGAUGCUUUCUGAGCGGAUGGCAGUUCUUCAUGAUGAGAGAUGCCAGAAGCAGAGAGCCUGGACGCGAUGGAGGCAGCGCACACAAGAGCGGAUCAAAGAGGUGGAGAAAUGGGAGGCUUCACGUAGUCUGUAUCGUCGCACACUUCUACACAGGACGAUGAUGCAGUGGAAGGAAAACAGCACUGAGCUACGAGACAGGAGAAACAGAGAGCAGCAGGCCUGCCAUCAGGGUGAUUUGCGCUGCUUAAGAUUGGCCGUAGAAAAAUGGAAAAAGUUUGUUCAGAGCCAGAGAGCAAAGAAAAGCAGGCUGGAGGAGGUUCAGAGUUACCAUGACGUUAAACUUCUAAAACACUCCUUUGUGGCCUGGAAGAAACACCAACUGCAGAUGUCUCAGAUCCAUGACCAUGCAGAGGAGCUUCACAAGCAGCACAGUCAGUGUUUUCUCAGAGUGGCGCUUACUGAGUGGAGGGAAAAUGCAGAGCAGCGGGCAGAGAUCCGGCUCGCAGAGCAACAAGCACAGAAUCACUUCCGUCACGCCCUUCAGCUUAAGGUGUUUCAUGCUUGGAGAGAAGCAACAACACAUGCGGUGUCAAAGCGCUUCCAGCAGGGGGAAGCACUAAGCAGGGCUCAGCAGUCUAUAAAUGAAGUGCGGUUGCUGCAGUUUUUCAGACGAUGGAGGAAUCGGACCAGGGAGGCUCGGAGGGAGAGGAUAAUCAUGGAAAAAGCCAGGAGACACCAUAACUCCAAACUCCUUUCUAAUGCGCUGAAAGCUUGGAAAGAGCAUCACUACCAGCACCAGAAGAAUAAGGUGAUGAAAAGACAGGGACUGUUAUUGCUGAGAUUAAAAAUGUACCAGAUGUACUUUGAGCUGUGGAAAACAAAGCUGCAGCACAGACAGCGAGAGGCGAAGCAGACGGAGAGAGCACUCUGGCACUGGUCCCUCACACUUCAGGCCAAGGUGUUGUAUGGGUGGAGGAUUUGGGUCACAGAGCAGCGGAGAAAGCAAGAACAUGCAGCCAGAGCUGCACUGGUCUACAGAGACCAGCUGCUGAGGGAAGGGGUGACAUGCAUCCUCACAUAUGCCGCUCACAUGAAUGAUCUCACAACAAACCUAACACAACACAGUCAACUACAAAAAUCACAACACCUCCACAGAGUUGUUAAACGUUGUGCUGCACGGUGGAAGCAGCGGGCACUGUGCAAACCCCAAAGAGAGCAAGAGACGAGAGGGCAGCCAGCAAAAAAGAGUGUGAGCUUCUGUCUGAGCAGUGUUUCAUCGUCUGACUCAACAAAGCAGGAAGCUGCAGAUGGAUUGCAUAGCAAGCUUACCCAGCCACAAUCUGCCGUCACCAACAUUAAAGCAGCUCCAAACUCAUCUGAGUCCAGUCGUCGCACACAGAAAAACCUUCCAGCGUCAAACUGCUGCCAUGCUGAUGAUGUUUUUGUUGCCUCUCCACAUCAGUGCAGCGUCAUGUCAACUGUGCAACCCUCUGAAUCUCUAAUGUCCAACAUGGACUUUUUUCAGCACACCCAAAACCGAGAACCUCUUUUACCUCCUUCAGCUUUCAUGACUCCUGGGACACGGAAUAAAUUCAAAUCAAGUCUUGGAGACGCUUCAGUUGAGCCUUUUCCUCAGUCUGUCGCUUCUUUAGAUCCCCACUCAUCUGCAUAUCCAGAAACACAUCUGAGUGCAUCUGGUGGAGAAACUGAGGUUCCUGAUGCUGAAAAUGCAACAACAACGUCAGCUCUGAUGAGCGAGCUUCUUAGGAUUCAACAGGACAUGAAGAGUUUCCAGCUGGACAGAAAGCAGCUCCGGGCAUGGCGAAAGCUGAAAGGGGUGUUACAGAGUUGGCUGCAGACCAGUGGAAAGGACUAAGUGAUGGAAAAAAAUGCUAUCUGUCAAGAGUUGAAGGACUUGGAGGAGCUCAUCGACAGGCUGUCCACUAAGCUGGAAAAACAGAAACCGGUGAUGUUGCUGCACGCAGAGAGAAUCCAACAUUUGCAGGCUGUCCUCCGGAGUUUAGGACUUCAUGCUCCUCAUCAAAAAACAGAAGAGUCAGAAACUCAGAACUCUGCAUUUCCAACGUGACAGGAAUAAUGGAGAGCGUGACGGGCUCACCUGCUGAUUGUUUGAACUGUUGUUCGAUUGCCAGCAUCACAUUUUUUAAAAAUAAUCUGAUCUUUGAACUGAAUCAACAUAUGCAUAUUUGACUACUCUGUGCUUAUGUCUUUACUGCCCUCAGCUGGUGGGGACCAAUUUGAAUGGUUCUUAUUAAUUAUCGUGUAAAAUGUCUUCGGCAUUCCCAAAACAUAAACGUCAAGUGCCUUAAAGGAACACUCAGCUCUAUAGCUACACUGUAAAUCCAGCAAAACGUUGGAUAGGGGUUGUCCUUGUUGCAGAUGGUGCAAAAUAUUUCCAUAUGUGUGCAAAGAGUGACUUUACUGUUUUCGGAGGAGGUGCCCUUACGCAAUAGGUCUGCUGUUACCCUGUUUGUAGCAGUGCUUCUAGUACUUCGGAAAAAUCACUGAACUAAAAUCACAGAUUUUAGUCUAACAGAGAGGACAGCAGUCUGUUUGCAGAGUUAUUAUAUCUUUGAUCAAGAGCAGGUCAAAAUGCAAGGAUUUUAUCCCAUUUUACUCUUUUCCAUCUUUGUGUGCUCUGUAAGUGGUAA